UUGCUGUAAGUUCAGUUAGCCUAACUUCUUCUUUUAAGCUCCUUGAGAAAAAAGUAGAGUCUAGUUUGGUUUUUGAUUAGUUGUGGAGUGAGAGAGCAUCUUUAUUUUUGCUCGAAGAUCUUUUUUUGCUCUGCGAGCAACAACAAAAACAUUGAUUUUUGUGUGUUAGUAGGAGUAGUAAAGAGUGUUGCACAUUAUUUUCGGAUUAGGGUUAUGACGUGCCGAAAAUUUGAGGAGGGAAGGUUAGGACAAUUUUUGAAUUUGAGCCUGAAAAUUCCGAAACAAUUUUAGAAAAUCUGACACGUGGCAAAACUUCAAGGUCACCAAUUUGUUAUUCAAAAACACCAGGUGCAAAAUAUUUGGCCCAAAAAAUAUAUCAUUCGAAAUUCCACGUGGCGAUUUUCCUGGCGGUGCCACGUAGCUCGCCACGAAAUUCAGGAUCUCUGAAAUUGUUGAUCCCCACUGUCUAUGUGUUUUUCCAGAAUUUCCAUGUUUUUUGUGGUGUUUUUUUUCGUGCUUCCUUCAAAAAGGGACUUUUUUCUUCGUCUUCACCGCCCUCGUUUUUUUUUCGCUUCUUCCUUUUUUUUGCUCCUCGUCUUUUUUUUUGCUCAUUUUUUUGUGAGCUCGCGUCGAGCUGGCUCGUUUUUUUUCAGCCAGCAUUUUUUGCUGCUAAUUUGUCGAAAACCCGCCGCCACGGCUCCUCUCAUAAAUCAAAAUUAUAUUGUGAUAAAUGAGUCUCGAGGGACAAAGUUUGUUGGGUUGUUUUUGGAGAGGAGCGGUGGUUUUUGAGGCUUAGCUUUUUGGUGGGAAUAUUAUGGAAAUAUUUGAAGUGAAGUCGGAACUUGAUCUAAUCAUUGAUUUUCUGAAAGUUCUAAUUCUAGAAAAUUCUGAAGAUCUAGCCGAUAUGGAAUUUCAGAAUCUAGAGAUUCAGGAAAUUCUAAAGUCCAAGAGUUCUAGAUUUUCUGAAUCGAGUUUUGAGAUUCAUAAAAUUUUCGACGUCAGAUUAGAACUUCUAGAAUUUUCUUGAUUUUAGGAAUUUCUACCUGCCCAGACUAGAGUCUAGUUUAUCUUUUUUACUUCUAGAAUUUUCUAGAAGAUGAGAAUGACACAAUGAUUCCACGUUACCUGCUCUUUACCAGGCUAGAGUCUAGUUUCCCCUGUCUUCUAGAAGUUUCUAGUGGAUGAGAAUGACAAAUCGAUUCCGCGUUACCUGCCUAGACUAGAAUAUAGUCUACGUUUUUUUCAGAAUGAUUCUUCACCUGGAAAUCCAUGGAAAUCCACAAUUUUGGAAUUGAUUUUUUCCUUAUCAGAAUUGAGAAAAGAAGGGUUGAGGGAGAUCCGGAAGACAGAAAAUUGCUUAUAAAUCUUCUAAUUCCGCUCAAAAUGACGUUUCUCCAUAUUUUUCUCGAUUUUCCCAGGAAAGACAAUAAACUUUUGAUUCAAAAACUAUUACUACUUGAAAAAUUAUCAACUACUUCUAAAAAUGUAGUUUGAGCAUGUUUCCUUCGGUUUCGGCUUCAAAAACACAUUUUUUGUGAAAAAAACACAAAAAAAGAAAUUUUUUUGCGAAAAUACUGUAGCGACACGUGAAAUUGUGCAAUGAGAAAAUGCAUAGUGAAAAAUUUGCUGUGUAGACUAGACUAUAGUCUACGUUUUUUUCAGAAUGAUUCUUCACCUGGAAAUCCAUGGAAAUCCACAAUUUUGGAAUUAUUUUUUCCUUACAAAAAAAAGUCAUAAAAAUAAUGGCAAGCAAUUUCGCAAUCUCCGUUCCUUUUUCCCUUUUCGAGAAAAAACUGUUGCAAAACAAUAUACCAACCAGAUCACAUGUAUUUUCUUGUUUUUCAUUUCCUUCCCUUUUGUUACACCUUUUCUUGCCCAACAAACAACAAAACAACAUAAAGUUUCGAAUAACCAUUGGCUGAAACACAUUUGUCUGUGUCUCUUAUCUCUCGCCUGGCAAAUUUCCAAUUUUUGGGCUGUCUCUUCUCUAUCGACUUCCAGUUUUUUUUGCUGGUUUCAAAAUGAACAUCUGUUUUCUUCUCGAGAAAAAAAACGAAGAUUUUGUCUUUUCUAGAUAAAUAAACAAAUAUUUGUUGUCAUUUUUCUUCCCACCCGGAGCCAAGAAGAAAUCGGAUACUUCGUUUUUCCUGCUUUUCUUUCUUUUUUUUGCGCAGGCCCAAGUGAUUUUUGGGAAAGGAAUGGGGGGGGUUCCCAAAAAUACAUUGAGGGCCCAAAUAUAAGCCAACAAACAGCGAUUUGUCUAUCUAUCUAUCUAUUUGUUUAUUGAGCCGAGAGCGAGAAAAACGCAAAUUUUGUCUUGUUGUUUUUUUUUGCAUGUGCACACUUUUUUUUUCGACACGUCAUUUGGAGCUGGUUUUUUUUCAUUUGUAGCGAGGUGUGACGUGGGAUCUGGGUGGGGUAGGAUUAUAGAAUUUUAGGAGUUGCUAGAGGGUUUUAGAAAUUUCCAGAAGUUCGUUAGCUUUUGGAAUUGUUCUUGAAAUAUGCCACGUGGCACUUUGAACUUGAUCCCGAAUUCAGAAUCACAUUAAUUUCAAUUUGCCACGUGGCAGAACUUGAAAUUCAAAAAAAAUCUGACUAGAACUUUGAAAUUAUUAUUUAGCACGUGGCAUUUCUUUCUGAAAAAAACAUUUUGCUAGAUGCCACGUGGAAUUUUGAACUUUUCCGAUUAAAAAAAUUUUAUGACCGAGGUCAAAAAUAUACAAUUUUUUAAGUGCCACGUGGCAAAACCCCCAGAUUUUCCCGGGGACCCUUGAAAUCCAAGCCGCUUUUCCCCCUUCUCAAAAAUGUUUUGCCACAUAUGCCACCCCAAUUAUUCAUUCUCGAUAAUCCAGGUCAAUGUUCCUUUAAUGACCAACCCUUCGGACGAGAAAAAAAAAUUUUUCUCACUGAUCAACAAAAAAAUCGAUUUUCCUUGGGCAAUCCAUCGCAAAAAUGCACUCUAUUUUGUGUGUAUGUUUUUUUUCCAUCCAUCGUUUUUUCGCUGCUGGCAUCGGUCCAACUCGUGAUCCAUUGGGGUUGGUUGGUUGGUUGGAUGCGUGCCAAUAAUUUCCCACUUUUUCUCUGCCAACACUCUCCACUCUCUCGUCGCACUCUCUCUUCUCCCCCCUACCACCAUUUUCCAUUCUUCAUUCAUGUUGACAUUUUUCGGGGCCUCCCCACCUUCUUUUGUAAAAUAAAAUUAUUUUCAUUUUAUUUCGACUUUCUCUCCUAAAAUUCUCUAUUUCACACGUCUUGGCCUGGACGCAGGCCAGAUCUGGGCCCAACUCAAAUUGAUUUUUUUUCCAGGAAUGUUGCGCUAUUGAGUGCGAUCGAAAUUCGUCAACAUCACACUCACACAAAUCACACCAAGCAAACAAUUUUACGGGUAAACGCCGGGCUAUACCAACUCAAAAACAAAAAUGGUUAGCCGUUUGGUAAAGGCGAUGGGCGCAUUGUCGCAGGCUGAUGAUGGUGAGUUUUUGUGCGAAGGGGCGCGUUUGCCCUCUUAGGCUUAAGUAUGGACAUAAGCCUAAGUCAGGUCGCUUAGACUGGGCUUUUGCCUUGGCCUUGGCUUAAGUCGCCUAGACUGGGCUUUAGCCUUGGCUAAGCAUAGACUUCCCAACCUUCCCCUAACAAGCAUUUUUUCCAGAGGAGAUCAAAGAGCAACGUCGCAAAAGCGCCCGGCUCAGCAAUCGCCGUCAAAAUCACAACAACUCCUCCACCAACGACAUCAAAUCCGACGAGAUUCGCAUCCACGACUCUGGCACCGAAUCCGACGAGGAGGAGAUGGAAUCGAUUCAUCGACAACAAUUGGCCCAUUUAGGUGAGUGAAUGUUGAGGAGGUUGUUAACCAGCCGAGGGUAAUAAUAACAUAAUAAUAAUUACCUACACCCAACUACUCGAAUGAAUUUUCGAAAAUGUUCGAGUAUGCCAGAGAAGUAAGUGGUAGUGUGUGUGUAGUGUGUAUCCGUUUUGACACUCACAACACAUGAAGUAGACGAGGAGAAGGGCAAAAAUCCAUAAUUUUAUGAGACUUGUGGCCGGAGAUCAAAGCGGUUAGGCCAAGCCUGCAAUCCUAGGUAGAUCAAUUCAAGCUUCUCGUGUAGUUCAGACCUGAGAUCAGGAUAGAUCUAGGCUUGACAAAUUAGGUUUGUUCCUGUUGAUCCACCUAACAGUUUGGAUUAGGCUCAUCAACAAAAGGUAGAUCUAGGCUUGUCAAGGCGUAUCUGAUGAGGCUUGAUUUAGGUCUGCCCGUGAUAAUGUACACAGGGAAAGUCAGGCAGACGUGCGGCAGGUGUGCUGCAGGUAACUUUGGCUGGCAUGACCCAGGUCAUGCCAGCCGAAAUAACCUGCCGUACCACAGCCUGAUUUUUCCUGUGUACCUAAUCCUACCUACGGAUUUUGAGGUGGCUAGGGCUUAGCCGGGAUUAUUCCCAGGUGCUCGGUUUACCCUUUAGAAACCGGCUCUAGAAUUUUAAAAAUCAGGCCGAACUUUAAUCACCCAAGCCCUCUCCUUCCUAUCUCAAUGAUUUUUUUCCAGAACAUCUUUCAACCUGGGCAUCAUACGAUCAAUUCUUGUCCGGCGGCAGUCCACCGGCGCUCUCCGCCACUCCACCAAUCCCAAGAGAUGUUGAUACGGAAAGGUACGUUUUUUCAGUGUGUGUGCUCCAGAGAUCGCGCGGGGCCCUCUUUUAUCUCGCCUCAAAAUCAUCUCAUUUAUUAUGGGAGGCCCACUGAAAAGCACAAAAAAGGCGCUCGAUUGCACACUCAUUCUCACACACACACAAAAAAGUGUGUGUUGCUUUUUUCUUUUUAUCGGCGCCGCGCAUCUUCUUCGUCUUUCGUUGUUGUUGGCUUCUUCUUCUUCUUCUUAUAGUUUUGCACACAAGAAAAUAUUGAGGGGUCCCGUCAUGGUCCCAUCACGACCACGGGCGGUUUGUGGCCGCCGCCGGUCCCCCGAAUAGUAAACAUUUCUAUUUUGUUGUAUAUAAAUUUUUGGGGGGAGGCACAAGAUUGAUUUAUAAAUAGUGUGGUGAAAUGUAUAUGUGUGAGUGUGUAUGAAGUGAGAAUUUUUAUGGGCGCCCCGAGGAGACAAAGGCCCUUUGUGCACAUGAAAUGUUGAAAGGGAGGGGCUGAAUGAUUUAGGAAGCUGGGUGGCCCGGGGAAGAUGGGCUAGAGGACUCCCAAAGGUGAUCAAGUCCAGGCUUGACGAAUCUGAGAAAAUCCAGCUCGGUAUAUCUUUGGCCUGAAAAUCUGAAGUUCCAGACUGUCAAGGAGGUCGAUAAAAUUCUAAGACUUCUGUCUGAAAGUUCUCCACCCGAUAGGCUUAUGGGAUCUAGAACUCCAACAUCGAGUCUUGGUAAGAUGGAUGCCCUAAAGUAUAGAAUAAUCAAAUUAAGGUUUUAGCUCUGGAAAUCUUCCACAAUAAUUAGCCUUUCUAUAAAUCAUAGUUAGGCUGUGAUAACCAAGAUUCUCAGCCCCAACCCCCAGAUCCCAAAUUCUCUACGGCUCAAAAGUUCAAGAGUUCCCCUCCCAAUGUUUCGCUGUGCCUCUGCCCAUUUCUUGUAACUCGAUAGCUGUGCCUCUCUUCCGAAACCAUGUCUCACUAGAUUGUGUUGUUUGAUCGGCCAACUCUCACAAAACUGCACUUUUGCCUGGCUGCGCCGAAAAAAGUCAUAAAAAUAAAACAAAAUUUAUAACCAGAAUUGGUUUGUUUUAUGUCUGUGUUUUCUUGAUUUUCCUUGAAAAUGUUCAAUGUUUUUUAAGGGGAAAUCGAGAAACAAAUCAUCAUCUUUUUUCAUAAGACGAAACGAAACUAAACUAAAAACAACUUGAAAUAGCAACACACACACAUACACAUACAUAUAAUACACAGUGUGUUGAGAGAAAAGAAUGAGAGAGAGAGUUAGACGUACAAAUCAUGGCUAUGCUUAAGCAUUGGCCUCGUGUUAGAGACGCAGCGUAGGAUGGCCGGCUGUCUCUCGGGUUUUUUCUUUCUUUUCUAUGAGUGUUUGUGUGUUGUGAGUGUGUGGAAUGGAAAGGAAAGGAGAAAAUGAAGGCGGUUUUUUCUCGUUUUGCCGUGAUGGGGGCAACACAAUUUUUUUCUUCAGUUUGAAAAUUUUGGGCCGAGAGGUCGGCCUGGACACUUGUGAAAAUCUGAGGGAGAAUGGGCAGAGUUGAGGGAAGUUAUGGGAGGUUUUGUAAGGUUUUCGAGGAUUUUAGGAAUUCGGGUGACUUUUGGACUUAUUUUCAAUCCGAAAAAUAAGAAACUUGGAAGAGAACCGAAAUGGCCUAAAAACCAAGACUACAGUAGACUUCGCAAAAUUUUGGAGUCCAUUUGAAAAAUAAAACGCGAAAUUUACAUGCUGGCUAUGGAAUGACAAUAGGUGUUAGAUUCACAGCUUCAAGGCAUAGAAAGUUCGAUUUCAGAAGUUUGAGCCCGAAAACAAGAGUCUAGGCACAUGAUUUUCAAUCAAUAUUUCUCAUAUUUUUCAGCCUCCAAAUUCUGAGAAAUAGUUUUGUCACUAUUUUUAGGAAAUGAAUUUUCUGCUCUGAAAAAAAAUGAUUAUGUUAUGCUCACAAUUUCCAAGAACUCAAAUUGUCAGAAAAAAAAGAGUUGUGUUUUGCUGUGAGCGCUGAAAUUCUAAUUAACUGCAAUUUUUUGUAGGCUAUAAAUAUUAUUUUGGAAAAAUGAUAUAGGGAACUUUUGAGCCGAUCCUAACCCAAACCUAGCCCAAGUAUUUCUUUCCAGUUUCUCAAGCUGGGACAGUUUCGGUCGCGAGAGUGGUAUCAUGACUGGGGACAACGAUUCGGAUACGGACGGCGCCGCAACUCCAACUCCAUUGCGUCGCCGCAUUCCACGUGGCGCCGACGAUGACGCGUCAAGCAUUGGUGGCGAGAAACGUCGCCACAGUAUGACGAUGAACGAUCAUCCGAUCGCGUGGCGUUUGAGAAGUUUUACAACUGGUGAGUUUGAGAGGAUUACUGUGGUUUUUUUGGAGAGGAAAGAAUUCAAUUAUAAGUGAUUUCCGGCAGGAAAUUGCAUUUGUGGGUUUGGUUUUUUGUUUAAUUUUUGUUGAGUUUGAUUCUAUAAGCGGAACUCUAGAAGCCUAGCGUAUUUUCGAGAAGCUUUAAAAGUUCUAAGGGACCUUUCUAUGUAUUUUUGUCUCAAAACAAAAUUGCAGAACCCGUUCGCCCGGUCAAAAUCGCUGCUCGCCGAGCCCCGGUUUUCGUCCUCAUCAAUCGUCCACCAGCACCACAACCACAAAUGGGUAAGUAUAGUAAGUGCAAAUGUCAUAUAUAUAUAUAUUUGCGCCAUAUUGUUUUUGUUUUGCUCAUACUGCUGCUGGUUUUUCGACUACGAUAAUGGGUUUUUUGUUUUGUUUUGUCCUAAAAUUGUGAAAACGGAUAGAAAAUGGGGGAAAGGGAAGAGAAAACAUGUGGAAAUAUGAGAAUGGGUUUGAAAUAAGUGCGUCGUCGUUUUUUUGUGUGUGUUAUGACGUGGCAAAGUGAGUGCUAACGACUUUUGGUUUUAUGAUAUGUUUUUGUGGUUUUGAAUUGCCACGUCAUAGGUUGGGUCAGUUAGCUGAACGCUGAAACUGAAGCUGAAGUUUAGGCCAUUUUUAGUCUAGACAACAAAUUGUUCUAGCGGGAAUUUUUAUUGACGAAUAAGCAAUUAAAAUUCCAAUUAUUUUUAUUUUCUGUGGUAGAUCAAGAACAAAUCUAUGGAGAAUGGGAAUUCGCAGAUUUGGGGAACAGGGAAUUCAGGGAGACGCAUUUUUAAGAUGUCUCCGAGUAGAAUAGAUAAUUUUCAUAAGGUUGUCAAAAAUUCAAAUUUUUUUCCUAAUACAUUUCUUGUAGCCUAUAAAAAAUAAACUUUUUCCCUAAUUUUCUAAUCGAAAAUUUCUCUGGCCAAAGUUCAAGUGACCUCGAAAUUAAGUAAGAAAAAAAAUCAUGUUUGAACCAAAAAAAUUUAGGAACCUGUUACUUUUUCAUGAAAUUUUCCUACCAUAAAAUUGGCAAUAAAAAUUUGGCUUCUAGGCUUAGACUUCUGUGCUUAUUCUAAAUAUUCAAGGAUUUUUUCCAAAAUCAAAUAUACAGUAAAAACGAAAACAAGUUUAUUUCCAGACUUCAAAAAUCCAAAUCAAAUGAUCAAUUUUCAGACUUCAUCAACGCGGACGUCGAAAUAACAUCGCCCGAAUUGAUUCCGGCGCCAGCGCCAAAACGCAAUCGCCGCAACAGCCAUCGUCCAUCGUUGGAUUUCGAAAAAAUGGUCGAAAAUCGCAUCGAUGUUGCUGAAUCGAAUUGCUAA